UGUUGUGUUGGGCUCUGCUCAGUAAAAAAAUUUAGUGAACACAUAGAUUCACUCCAUUUUUUUUCCUUCAGGUAUGGAUUUCAUUCUUAGUCAUCAUCAGCUAAAUUUUGGAGAAUUGAGCUUCUGAGAGAAAUUUACCUGAUCUGAGUAAACUUCCAAAGAGUUGAGCCAUGAAAAGAAGGCAAAAGAGCAGCCUCUUUACUCUAGUGAGAAAAGGACUUUUCCCUAGACUGCCUCCUCAGCCAGCCAUCAGCUCCACCCCAGGAGAAGCCUGCCUUCAAUCCUGACCUGAUCACCAUGGUCAAAGGCAAGAAUCUCCUUGGAGACUAUGUUUACAUUUAUUUUCUCUAUGGUAUUAUUUUUCUGAAAUACAAUCAAGAGUCUCAUGAUCUUGAAUUGAAUAUGAUACAUGAAGCCCACUGCUCUGAAGGGAGCCUUCGAAGCCAUGGGAGAGAUGAAAUUAGAGGUCCCUGUUCUGGAAGAGAUGGAAAGAGAGAUCGCUGCCUGGGAUGAGGUAGAAGCAGACAUUGCUGCCGCAUGUGAGUUGGAAAUAUGGAUUGAUGCCUGGAAUGAAAUGAAAACAGAGAUAGAGGCCAUGGAUGAGAUCAAAAGAAUUCGCCAUAUGCUGGGCCCAGAGGACUUGAGUGGGACUGUUUUGAUCCUCACAAAGCAGCAGGCGGAGGAGCUGAAGAAGCACUACUGGAUGGACCCCUUUCCAUUCCACAGUACCCUGGUGGCCCUGGCCUCCCGCCUCGGCCUGGAGGAGCAACAAGUACAGGAUUGGUUUCUGGUUAAGCAGUGGUUUAGAAGCCAGCCCCCCGAGUUCUCAAACAACUGCUUUGUACACUCAACCUUGGACAGCAAUCUCCCCACCUGGUUUUGCUUGUUCUGUGCAUGUCCAUCUGCCAAAGGUGACCAGCAGAGUGUCCCAGAAGAAGCCCUUCCCAAGCGCUUCUGGACCCUGGUGGUACAUGGCAAUUCAAGAAGCCACCUUGAAGAGCUUUGCACAUGACCUUCCAGAUGUCCUUGAAGAGGAAGACAAAUGAGAUCCAAGAGAUUUCUGAGUGGGUGGGGGUUCUGCACCUGCCCCAUCCCACAGGUCCUCCCUCUGGCCACUCUCCAUCUCUUGUUACUCCUGCCUGUUUCAGUCACCGGGAGUGUGUCUGGGUCUCUAGGAGUAGAAUGGGUGUUUCUGGGUGCACCUCCUUCCCUUCAUGCUUCCCCGCAGCACCCUACAGGAGGUGAGGCUGUGACCACCUGCUGGCUUGUGUCCUAACCACGUUGUCCCUCAUGAAGAAAGUC